CGAACCAAAAAUAAAAUAUGUACUAAAGACCAAAAACUGGGAACGUCACAAGAGUUAUUCCCCCUUCCAGAGAUUAUUUUAAAAAAAUUUUCAAACAUAGCCUCAGCACUAAGACAAGCAUGCAAAGAUUGGUGGGCAGAACUUGCUGAUUAUGGAAUGGAUCAAAGUCUUGUUCUCGAUAAUGGCCAAUUUAGUAAAGGAAUUGGACAUUGGUCGCAAAUGGCAUGGGCCAAAACUUUGGAAUUAGGGUGUGCUAGAGCAUAUUGUCCUAAUUCAGAAUGGAAAACUUAUGUUGUUUGCCAAUACAAUCCUCCUGGCAAUUAUUUAAAUGAAUUGGUCUAUCAUAAGGGAGAUCCUUGCACAGGUUGUAACAGAUGUGAUCGUCGAAGAAAAUUUUGUUUGACAUGA